GUACUGUUACUAAAACCAUCUGGCAGUUCUAUUUUGAUUAACACGUUAUAUAAAUACAUGAUUUAAUAACACCACAAUACCUUAAUAUUUUAUAGCCAGUGAGAAGUGAAGGACUUUAAUUCUAAUUUAUAAAAAAAUGAAGUUUCUUCUGGUAAUAAGUCUUCUUUGUGUCGUUCUCACUGCACAGGCUUCCGAUGAUGAUGGUACCUUAGUUCAAACUGAAAGGGGUAUGAUUAGAGGGCAUAUCCUUAAAAGUGAAAAUGGAAACAACUAUUAUGCAUUCCAAGAAAUACCAUAUGCUGCUCCCCCAGUUGGAGAAAAUAGAUAUCAAAAUCCCAAACCUCCAAAUGCUUGGCCUGGAAUCUUGGAUACAACCAAAAAUACCAAAGUUUGCUAUCAGACAGUUGUUAAGUAUAGUAACCUAGAAAUUAGCGAAGACUGCUUAUACGUGAACGUAUACACCCCCCAAAAACCUGGAUCUGAUGAUCUUCUACCCGUGUUACUCUGGAUACAUGGUGGAGCAUUCCAAAAUGAAUCCAGUACUUAUGAGUACUAUGGUCCGAAGUAUAUUAUGGAUCAUGGCGUUGUUGUGGUUACUUUUAACUACAGAUUGGGACCAUUUGGAUUUGUCGGUACCCAGGACGGAGUAAUUCCACUUAAUCUCGGUUUAAAAGACCAGCGAUUUGCUAUAGAAUGGGUCAACAGAAAUAUUCAUCUUUUUGGUGGAAAUCCAGAGCAUGUGGUGUUGGUAGGCGAAAGUGCUGGAUCCAUGUCUGUGGGGUAUCACUUAAUGGGACCAUGGGAGGAAGACAAACAACUUUUCCAUGGAGUUAUUAUGCAAAGUGGGACACCAGUUGCCGGACAGCUAGUGCAAGAUUUAGACGCUACAACAGCAACUGCAUUGCAAUUGGGUAGAAGAGUAAAUCCAUCAUUUGCUUCCAACGACACUAAGGAACUUUUGCAAGUACUUCAAAAAGCUGACGCAAAAGAUAUAGUUUACUCUGGUAUACCAGGCGGCGUUGCUACUGAAGACUCCGGUCCAUUUUCCUACCAAGGUUUUCAAGCAUUUUUGGACGGAAACUACAAAAAGGUUCCUGUUAUAAUUGGAUUUAACUCAGAAGAAUGGGGAUUCAUAGCUUUUGGGACAAGUGAAGAAACUUUAAAAGAAUUAGAUCAAAAUCCUAGUAAUCUAGUCGCGACUGGGCUAAAUACUUCUCCAGAAAACAGAUCAGUUGCUGGAGAAUUGUUAAAAGAAGUAUAUACACACAAUACAAGCUUUGCUGGAAAUAUGGGAUAUUUUGUUAGGUAUACGAGCGACCGUAUGUUCACAACAGGAACAUGCAAACAAGUUGAAUUGGCGUCUACAUCAGUGCCGUACUACUUCUACCAGUUUUCUUACAAAGGAUAUUUAGGAGGAGCUAUGGACAUGAUACCAAAAUUGCCACCAGGUUGUGAGAUAGUUGUUCAUGCCGAAGAUCUUCACUAUAUGUGGGAUGAUGGUAGCAACAGUGACCUUAGUAAAUUCCCCGAAGAAGAUCGUUUAAUGUUACAUCAAUACGUCGUUAUGUGGACUAAUUUCGUUAAAUAUUUAAAUCCCACACCAAUAGAAGUUCCAUUGUUAAAUAAUUUUAUCUGGUUACCUUCGGAGCCCAAAACUCUUCGAUAUAUGAACAUUAACACAACAUUUGAAAUGCUCGAACAGCCAAGACAAUAUCCUCAAGUAAAGCAGAUAUUAGAGGAAUAUAUGGAACCACCUUACAAUGUUUUUGGAUGAAAAUGAUGAUUUACUACAUAUAUUAAAAUAUUUUUAAAUUCAAUUUUCUUUAUUUUAAUUGUAUGAUAAAAGAUAAUAAAGUAUUUUAUAUCAC